GUUUCGGCUGAGAGAGAGAGUUGUGGAGAAAUAAAAGAGAGAGAGCUUUUGAUAAUUGAGACUGCUAGUUGAAGGAGGAUUCUGAGCUAGAACCGAGUUAACUCACUAAGAUAAAAUAAAGGUAGGUUUCAGAUGGUUCAGUUAAUGAGUUCUUUAGGCGAAAAAACAGCAGUUGUGAAGCUGGAAGCAGCUGAGGAUUCUUUAGAGGAUCAACUCAGCCCACUUUUUAAACGUUCAAAGCUUGACCACCCUUCUUCACAGGUGAUGAAUCCAGAUGGUGUAGCUUUCAAUCCACUUGGAGAGCCAAGCCCGAUUGGUUUGACACUGAAAAAGAGCCCGUCUUUUCUGGAUUUGAUUCAAAUGAAGUUAUCUCAACAAAACACUAGUAAUACUAUGUUGUCAAAGAAGCCUGGUUCCGUUGCAGCCGAUAAGCUUAAAGCUUCGAACUUUCCUGCUUCAUUUCUAAAAAUAGGGAAUUGGGAGUAUAAGUCAAGGUAUGAAGGGGAUUUGGUGGCAAAGUGUUACUUUGCUAAGCAUAAACUUGUUUGGGAAGUGCUUGAUGGUGGGCUUAAGAAUAAGAUUGAAAUUCAGUGGUCAGAUAUUGUGGCAAUCAAGGCAAAUUUUCCUGAUGAUGGGCCUGAAACCUUGGAUGUAGUGCUGGCUAGACAGCCCCUUUUCUUUAGAGAGACAAAUCCACAACCUAGGAAGCAUACUUUGUGGCAGGCAACAUCAGAUUUUACUGGUGGACAAGCAAGCAUACACAGGCAGCAUUUUCUACAUUGCCAGCAAGGCUUCAUGGGAAAGCAUUUUGAAAAGCUUGUUCAAUGUGAUCCUCGUCUAAACUUUCUUAGUCAACAGCAAGAAAUUGUAUUAGAAUCUCCAUACUUUGAGCAAAGAGUUUCUGCAUUCAGUGACUUGCAUGAAUCUGGCAAAGGGCUUGAUUCUGAAGUUGAGGACAAGACCACUGUUUUUUCUCUGCGGGAAGCAGGACAACCAUCUGGAGUUCUUUUAUCUUCCUUGAAUAAUGAAUGUCAAGGCUUCCUGUGUCAAACUCCUGAAAAUAUCUCCCAUGAAACUUCUUCAACUAGCUUCGGAAUGGAGACCCAUGUAUUUGAAGAAAUCAGGAGCAACAGAACAGGGGAACAGAAGUUGCCGAGCAACUGGGAUCAAAUUAAAGUGCCUGGACUUCAUCCAUCCAUGUCAAUGAGCGAUCUAGUGAACCAUAUUGGACAUUGCAUUUCAGAACAGAUGACCUCUGGCAACUCUAUCCUCUGUGGUGGUGACAUAAAGAGCAGUGACAUUCUGGAUGAAAUUACCCAAUACUUGCUUGGAGACUCUCAAGUUACAUCAGCCUCGGAUGAGCAAUCCCUCAUGACAAGGGUCAAUUCUCUUUGCUGCCUACUGCAGAAGGAUCCUGGAACAGCCUGGGACUUGCAGGGGAAGUGUCGUGACAAUCUAGAUAUGGAUCAUGGUGGGAGAGUAGACGAAACUAAUUCAGUUAGUGCAUCAGAAUGUCAAAGCAAACUUGCCGAGGAUUUUCCUGCACCUGAGGGAGAAGCUAGUAACGUUACCUGCUGCAAGCAAGCACCAGCCAUGACGAGGAAGGACUCAGUUGGAGAACUGAUGCUUAAUCUUCCAAGGAUUGCCUCUUUACCACAUUUUUUAUUCAAUGUAUAGGAAGAUUGUGGUAAUCAAGCAGUAUAGGGAUAUAAUUUACCUCUUUCAACUUGUACAGCAGUUUGGGGGUUCAGAGAUGGAUAUUGAUGAAGAAUCCUCCCAUGUUCAUAUGGGGUUACUGGUGACCAUAGGGUUUGAACUGUAGUGUUUUCUUUGUACGGUCUUUUGCAAUCCUAACGGUUUAUAUAAAGCUAGUUGUUAUUAGUUUCUA